AUGCAUUUUUCUCAGAGAUGCAUUGGUCUCCUCUCUCUGUCUCUCUCAUGUCAGUCUACUCAGAUAAGCUCUCUAGACAACUCUAUGGAUUCGGAGUCAUUUCAAGGUUUGGAUGAGGAUGCACAGCUGCUCCUUUCACACGUUACUCAACAAUUGUUUCAAGGUCCUGAUGGAGAUUUGGAGCUCAUAUUACUCAUUGCUCAAAUAAAUGAUCUGGUAAGCUCAAUGGGUUUGAAUUCGCAGCGGGAUCAGUCUGAGCUAAUGCCACUCAUCACUCAAACAAUCUCUGUUUUCAACUCUAUGGAUUUGGAUCCCCGGCCAAAGCCGUUGCAAGAACUCGUGUCGCUACUGUAUGAUUACUCUAUGAAUUCAAAUUCACGUUGGAGUCUGCAGUUUCAACUCAAGUCACUCUUUCGGAAAAUCUUUACUUUGGAGCAGGAACCAGAGCUCUUAUCUGUCGGAAGCUCUAUUGAUUCGGAGUCGGAGCUCAUAUCGCUUAUUACUCAACUAUUGUUUCUCGACUGGGAAAGGGAUCUCAAGGCCCUAACAGUCGUUACUCAAAUAUUCUCUUUAGUCAGUUCAAUACAUUUGAAUAAUUCGCAGCCGAAGCCGGAGUCAGAGCUCAUGUCACUUAUUUCUCAAUCAAUCUCUGUCUUCAACUCUAUUAUAGAUUUGAAUUCCCAGCCGGAGGCAUUGUCAGAGCUCAUAUUACGCUUCUAUGCUAACUAUAUGGAACGACAUUCAUCUAUCGACAUAAUGUUAGAGUUAAGGUUCAAGUCACUCUUGGGUCAUAUCUUGACUCUCGAGCCGAAGCCAGAUCUUAUAUCACUCAUCCAUAAGAUAUUCAAAGUCGUCAUCUCUAUAAAUUCAAAGUCAGUGAAGUUCAUUUCCUUGUACCCUCAAAAACGAGUAAUACUGAGAAAAGGAACAUUUCAUGUGAAAGAAGAAGACAAGUGGAGUGGCAAUGGGGAGUGGGAGUGUUUCCCUGGGAAAUGGCUGAAGUUCGAAUACCCAGAAGACGACACUACCUAUUUUAGAUGCAUAGGUUGCAACGGCGAUAACCAUGGAGAAUAUAACAGCACUAAAGUUGAGGUACAACACUAUCUUCAUCGAAACCAUUCUCUCCAGCUUGUCUUGUUGGAUGAGUGCAGCGGAACCAGGAAAUGCUAUUGUUGUGAUGAAGAUAUCAAAGGGUUAUUUUCUUGGUGCAUGGCUUGCGAUUUUGCUAUGAAUAAUGAUUGUCUAAAGAAAGAGGUAGUCUUUUCCAUUGAUCAACCAAAGUGGCAUGAACAUACUCUUUCUGUGUUUCCAAGACAUGCUAUCUUAAGUUGCAACCUCUGUGGCUUGAACGAUGCAAGAAGUCCUAUCUAUAUGUGUCCCCCUUGUGACUUCGUUCUCCAUCAAAAGUGUAUCAACUUACCGCGAGUCAUAAGGAUAUCACGUCAUUACCAUCGUAUCUCGUUUACCUAUUCUUUUGACCAAGGAGAUUUGUCUUGUGGUGUUUGUCGCACAGAUAUCGACAAUAAGUAUGGGGGUUAUUCUUGUAUCAAAGAAGGUUGUUUGUAUGCCGUUCAUUCAAGAUGUGCAACACAAAAAAAUGUGUGGGAUGGUAAAGAACUUGAGGGAGAGCCAGAAGAAGACAUUGAAGAAGUUGAGCCAUUUGUGAGGAUUAGCGAUGGAAUUAUACAGCAUUUCAGCCAUCAACAUCAUAAUAUGAGAAUCGAUGUGAACACAGGCAGAGAUUACAACGAGAACCGAGAGUGUCAAGCUUGCAUCACACCAAUUUAUUUUGGUAACUUCUACUCAUGUAUGCAAUGUGACUUCAUUCUCCACGAAGAAUGUGCAAAUCUUUCUCGCAAAAUACAUCACCCGAUACACCCACAUCUACUCACCCCAGGAUAUGACAGAGUUGAUCAAGACUUUACGACUCUAUGUGCAGCUUGUCCUCAAUUGCGCAUGGCUGGAUUCUUCUAUGGGUGUAGUAACAAAGGAAGCACUUUCAACCUACACGUCAAGUGUGCCACAGUUUCCGAGCCAUUAGUUCAUGAAAGCCAUAUGCAUCCUUUAUUCCUAACAUCCAAACCAGAAGAGGAGCAAAGAAUUUGUUCGGUCUGCAAAGAAAAGCAAAUAAAUUUGUAUUCGACAAACGAAACAUUCAAUUGCAUUGUGUGUGACUUUGCUUUGUGUUUUGGAUGUGCUACUUUACCUCAAAAGGUAAGGUAUAAGCAUGAUAAGCAUGUACUCACUCUUUCUUAUGGGCAGGAGACAAGUACAAUGACGAAUUGGUGUGAAGUUUGCGAGGGCAAAAUAUAUCCCGAACAGCGGUUUUAUGUGUGUGAUGAGUACUGUUGUGUUACUCUACACGUUCAAUGUAUGCUUGGGCGGGACUUAUACAUGAAGCCUGGUUCAUCUUGGGUCUUUUUACAGAAACAAGUUAUCGUAGUACCAAACAAUCAUCAUAUGACUCGUCCUAUUUGCUCAUGUUGUAAAAAACGUUGUCCACACAAGAUAGCUUUGCAGUGGUCUGGUUCAUUAUUUUGUUCCAUGGUUUGUGUAUAUGGUUCAGACAAGAGGGAAUGAAAACUUUAAA